AUGGUGUUUCAUUUUUCAAUUGUUGUUGUUGUUAUUGUCAUUGUUGCAGUUGUUGUCGUCGUAGUCGUCGUCGUUGUUGUUAUUGCUGUUGAUGUUGUUGUUGUUAUCAUCGUCAUCAUCGGCGUCAUGGUAAUAGCCGUUAUUACUAUCAUUGCUGUCGUCGUUGUUUUCAUUGUUCUUGUCAUUGUUGUUGUGGUUGUCGUUGUUGUCGUCAUUGUUGUCGUCGUUGCUGUUAUCGUUGUUGUCGUCGUUGUUGUCGUCGUUGUUGCUGUCAUUGUUGUCAUCGUUGUCGUUGUCGUUGUUGUCGUCGUUGUGUAA